GCCUGCACACGCUGCUCAGCUGAAUGAGGGAGAACGACUGAACCAUUUCUCAGAGCACAAAGCAGCACCAGAACCCACAGCACACCAGAGGAGAAGGAUCCCAACAAGUUCUGACCCCCAGCUCCCAGAAGAGGAUGUACAGAUAUUGCUGCUGGAGUCCAAUACUUCCACACCCGCUAUGGGAGAAGGAGACCAACAGGAAACAUUUUCAGAGCACCAAGCAGCACCAGAGCCCCUUGGGCAGAGUGGAGGACACCAAUGGGGUUCCUGGUGCCAUGGGAUGGGAAGAAGGACAUCCUGUGUGCAGCUCAUUGCCGUGCAUGCAGCGCUGGGAGCACUCAUCCUCAUGCUGGUGGUGCUGGUGAUAUCGACCGUGUGUCGGCGGGCCCCCAUCCCACCUUUCUCAGCCUUUGGCCACGCAUGCCCCAACGCCUGGGUCGGAUUCCAGGGGAAAUGCUAUUAUUUUUCGAAGGAGGAGAAUGAUUGGAACAGCAGCAGGGAGCACUGCAGUGCCCACGGAGCUUCCCUGGCCACCAUAGGCAGUGCGGAGGAGAUGGAUUUCAUGAUGCGCUUCCAGGGCCCGGCAAACUGUUGGAUCGGGCUGCACAGGGAAGAAGAGGACGCCCAGUGGACAUGGAGCGAUGGCACAGCCUUCACCAACUGGUUUGAGCUGCGAGGUGGAGGCCGAUGUGCGUACCUGAACGGGGACAGGAUCAGCUCAUCCCUGUGCCACCUACACAAGCACUGGGUCUGCAGCAGAGCUGACCACUACGUCCUCUGGAAGCAAAAGGUGCACCCACAAUGAGACAUCCCAUCACCACCAACCUUGUGCCAGUGCUGCUGUUGUAUUAUAGUGUAUUAUCUUGCAGCCUGAUGUCGUUUCUAGUCAACUACUUUGUUUCUCCUCGGACCGUUGCUGCCGUGUUGUUUUUGGGCCCAUCUCGCUAUCCUUUUCCCUGUUCCCCUUUUCUGGGGUGCAGAUCUGUGGGUCCCUCUGCCCCGCUACUCACGGAACCGGGCCGAACCAGCCCAUAAACCACUGACAUUGUGGAUGAGGUGCUACGAGAUGAGGCUGAGGAGCUCAGCGGUGGUGAUGGUGAUAGGAGGACUGUUGGAGGGGAUGAUCCUGUAGGUCCUUUCCAGCCCUGUGCCUCUAUGAUUCUGUCAUCAUUCUGAGCCACUCUCUGUCCGGGCCAUAUUGUUUCAGUCACUCUCUGUCCUCAUUUUCCUCUCACAGACAUGUUCCGUUUGCACACCUGGGCUGGAGAUGAUUGCCUUUCAGCAGCUGCUGAACAGUGCUGCACAGAGAUGAGGGAGUUUCAGUUUUCAGUUUCUCAAUGUCCCACCGGGGGGGGGGAAGGAAGGGGAGCUGGAGGUUGGCACCAGGAGGUGGGGGAUGGGGGGUGACAGAACUGGCACCACAGACCCAACACAGCCACUGAGUGUAUCAAUACUGCUAUUUCUCUUCUACUUUUCUUAGUAAACACAGCCUGUC